AAGGCGGCCAUCGCGAAGUAAUGAGCCCCAUAGCAAACGUCGCAAAUUGAUGAAUCUUCCCAAAAUCAUCACGUCCAUCAUGCCGAGAUUCAAGCGCAGCAAGACUACAGAAACAAUGCCGCAAAGCGAGUUGAUUGAACCGCUUCCAAUAGCACGACAUGACUGCAGUGCCACUGGCGCAGAUUGUAUACCUGGACCGAGUUCGCCAUCGAACAGAAACAGAAGCAGCGUGAGUGGCUACCACUAUGAUGCCACCACUGGAGUUGCACAGUUCCGGGAGCCACGCGAAUCGGAGAGUUCAGGUCCGUUCUCUCCCUAUGGGUCCUCUACGAAUAACGGCCGGAUCAGUGACUAUGGGACUCCGGGAACGACUCCAGACAGAAGCGAAUUCGCGCCUCGACCAGGCGUGCUACCAAGUACGUCUUCCUGUGGGGAGAGCUUGCCCUGGAACCGGGGAUCGCAGAAUGAGC